ACGAAUCUCAGUAAUUAGCAAACGGCAAAACUUCAACUGGAGUCUGUUGUUGACUAUGGAGAGCAAUAUGAAAUCAACACCCAGUCAAAGUAAAGUUUCUUCAAGCUUCAAAAAUACCCACAGAGCAGCACUCAUUCUGGCUAGGGGAGGUAGUAAAGGGAUACCCCUGAAAAAUAUCAAGAUCCUUGCUGGGGUGCCCCUAAUCGGAUGGGUUGUGAGAGCAGCGUUGAACUCAGAACUUCUUGACAGUGUGUGGGUGUCCACAGACCAUGAUGAGAUAGAAAGGGUUGCCAACCUGUGGGGUGCUCAGGUGAUCCGCCGGAGUCCAGAGGUGUCCAGAGAUUCCUCAAGCUCACUAGAAACCAUCCAGGAGUUCCUCAGAUUGCGGCCAGAGGUGGACAUUGUCUGCCAUAUUCAAGCAACAUCCCCAUGUCUGCACCCUUACCAUAUCAAUGAGGCAUUAAAGAUGAUCACAGACAAGGGCUAUGAUUAUGUCUUUUCUGUGGUGCGCAGACACCAGUUUCGAUGGUCUGAAGUAAACAAAGGUAAGAAUGGGAAGAACACCAUUCCUCUGAACAUCAAUCUUGCCAAGAGGCCCCGGAGACAGGACUGGGCGGGGGAGUUGUUUGAGAAUGGAUCUUUCUACUUCUACAAAAGAGAAAUCUUAGAGAAUGGGCUUCAGCAGUGUGGGAGAAUCGCCUAUUAUGAGAUGCUUCCUGAACACAGUGUGGAUAUUGAUGUAGACAUAGACUGGCCUGUGGCAGAGGAGAGGGUUCUCAGGUUUGGUUAUUUUGGGCAGAACAAACCAGCACACUUCAGACUCCUGUUAUGCUCUGUCUCUGGCUGUUUGACUGAUGGACAGAUGUACACUUCAGCCUCUGGAGAAGAGCUGGUGUCCACUAACACACGAGAUCUCACUGCCAUAGGAAUGCUGCAGCGUGAGAAAACAGAGGUAAUCCUGAUGUCUUCCAGUGAUGAUCCAGUGUCCAGGACCCUUGCUGAGAAGCUUUCCCAGCAAGCUGGCUGCACCCUCAGGUACAUGGUGGAGCACAAGCAAGCAGAGGUGGAAUGUCUGCUGAAAGACAGGGGGCUCCAGUGGGAAGACGUGGCCUACUUUGGUACAGACACACAGGACCUGGACUGCCUGUUGAAGGCUGGCCUGAGUGGAGUUCCCCCAGAUGCCCCUGUAGCAGCCAUGAUAGCUGCUAAGUACACCUGCCACAGUCCGUCAGGGCGUGGAGCCCUCCGAGAGUUUGCCCAGCACAUCCUACUACUGAAAAAGAAGGUGACUUCUGAGAUGUAUGAGGACUGCAUCGAUAGAAAAAACUUUUAGAGCAAAUUAAAUUUGUUCUUAUUUCUACAUUGGUCAAUUUAAAUUUUUUCCUGUGGAAUUUUUUUUUUUUUUUAAAUCCUUUUUGUUUUAAAACUGUUGCUUCGCUACUGUUCAUAUUCUUCUUGCUUUACUUGGUUUAGUUUUCUUUUCUUUCUAAAUUUGUUUCUCUGGACUACAUUGCUUUUACACACCACGUUCUCCCUUGCUAAACAAACAGAAUUUAAAGUCUGGUUUUAAAGCCUAUCUUGACUUCAGAGUCCUCAAAUAAAAAUAACUGGUUUGCAACCUAAGUGUUCUGUUGGACUCUUGUCAAAACAGUUAUUAAAUCAAGAAUCUACCAUCUAAAAAUAUUAACAUUUUAGAUUUCUUGUCAAAACAAGAUCUUGAUAAACUUAAGCAUGCCUUUAUUUCUAUCAGGAUUGAUUACAAUAAUGGUCUGCUUACUGGUCUUCCUUAAAAUAACUGAAUCUCAGUUGAACUCAGUUGAUUCAAAAUGCAGCUGUCAGAUUUCUUGCAAGAUCCAGUAGAAUGGAAAACAUUAGACUGAUUCAUAAAUCCUUACAUUGGCUUCAAAUAUUUUACAGAAUUUACUUUAAGAUACCAUUACUCAUCUAUAAGUCAUUAAAUGUUUUACAGCCAAUGUAUCUAUCAUAUGCUCAAACAGUACAAUCCAAGCUGGACUCUUGGAUUCCUAGAAGCUCAUCAGUUCAUCUUGCCUAAGGACAACACUAAGUAUGGAGAAGCAGCAUUUAGCUUUCAUUUCUUUUAAUGAAAUGAUCUGUUUCUGUUUUAAAUCCAUUGUCUUUAAGCUUGCAGUGGUAGCUCAAUGGUUAAGGUAUUUGCAUUGUAAUGGUAUUUGCAUUGCUGGUUCAAACCCCACCACUGAGCAAGGCCCUUAACCUUGAAUUGCUCAACUUGUACUUGGUCAUAAUUGUAAGUUGCUUUGGAUAAAAGUGUCAGGCAAAUGUGAAAAUUUUAAUACUGUAACAUGGCGGCCUGAGUGCCAAAGGGCUUGGAGCUGGACGUACAUACUCUCAACUUGGACAAACAUUUAUUGAAAUAAAACAAAGACCAGAAUGGUACUUACAUAUAAUACCAACAACAAACAUAAGACACACUAAACUUUAACAUGAUCAAGACCAACAUAGUUUCGACUGCAUGUUUACAUGCAAACAACACUACAACAAUGACCAACGACACUGCACACACUGAGACGGGUUUAAAUACAUAGACAUUACGAGGUGCAGG